AUGGCAUCAGUCCGCAGCAAGAUUGCCAUCUGGCUAUGGGGACCAGACGCCAAAGACCGAUCUCUGCUCUCGAAACUCGAUGUGACGCUGCUUCCUUAUUUCUCGUUGAUCUGGUUUCUGUUCGGAGUCACCCGAGCAAGCUACUCCUCUGCUUAUAUUAGCGGCAUGAAAGAGGAUCUCGGGUUCAAGGGCAAAGAGUAUAAUUACAUGACUACUGCAUACUUGGUGGUCUACGCGGUGUGCCAGAUGCCAGGAACGAGUCUGUUGACUAUUUAUCGGCCUAAAUAUGUCUUUGUCACGGCCAAUGUGACUUGGAGUGUGCUGACCUUGAUCACUUACAAAAUGCAACAUGCAUGGCAGGUCAUUCUUUUGAAUGCGAUUGAAGGCGGGUUCUCGGCUAUUGCAUACGUGGGAGCUCAUUUCAUUCUCGGGUCUUGGUAUAAAAGAUCCGAGCUUGGUAUACGUGCUGCUGUGUUCUGUGUCUUCGGUCAUAUAGGGACUAUGGCCGGCGGGUGGAUUCAGGCAGGCCUGCUGGCGACUUUGGCAGGGAAGGGCGGCCUUCCAGCCUGGAAAUGGAUAUUCAUCAUCGUAUCAGUGAUGACGGUGCCAGUUGCAUUGUUCGGCUGGAUAUUCAUUCCUGACCUCCCGGUUCACCGUGCAGCAUGGUUCCUCAACGACGAGCAGAAAGAGCAUGCAGUGACGCGACUCGGUGCUCUCCGCAAACAGUCCUGGGAUGUAACUGUCUUCAGACGGGUGCUGCUGAUCUAUUCUCUCUGUGUCCAAAUGCUUUCCAACAAUGUCAUGGCCUACUGGAUGGCAUCCCGCGGCUACACGGUAAUCCAACAAAACAAUUACCCGACAGGGAUCUACGCGACCGCCAUCGUAGGAACAAUAGUAUACGCAAUAAUUUCCGACAAACUACAGUCCCGGUGGGAAGUCUCCGUGGCCAUUGGCCUGACGUUCGUAAUUGGCUCUUCGAUCCUUGUAUCAAGUCCCUCCACGAACACAGGCUAUUUUGUGGCAUUUUACAUUCUCGGCACAACAUAUGCACCCCAGGCAGUCUGGUACUCGUGGAUGGCAGAUGUCACAGGCCACGACUUCCAACUGCGUGCAAUCACAACCGGGUUCAUGAACUCCUUUGAUUUUGCGUUCGUUACGUGGUGGCCGCUGAUCUUUUACCCUGCUACUGCUGCGCCUAAUUUCCAUAAGGGGUAUGUUGCGAGUUUGGUGACGGGGGCUCUUACAUUGCCCUUGAUUGGGUUGAUUGCUUAUCUUGAGAAGAGGGAUCGAGCUCGGGGUGUUAUUGGGAGGAUUGAAGGGGAUGUUCCAUCUGAUGACGAGGAGCAUUUGCGGAGAGAUGAACCUGUCAAAUCAGGUAGUGCACCUGUUCAUGUGCGUGGGACGGAGAUAGAUGUAUAA